AUUUAAGGUCAUUGUAGUAGCGUGAGGUAUUUGAAGCUGUGCGAAUGUACUUUUUUAUAAACGACUAACUUUUUAAAUAUAUAAAGUGUUAUUAAAUAAGAUUUUUGACAUACAUGAUAUAUUUACUGUGCAGUUAUGAAAAGUGUAAUAGCUUUCUGUGUAUUGUGUACAAUUGCGAUUGAAGUAAAUUCACAAUCAUUCUUCAAUAAUUAUGGCCAACAAAACAGAGGCUUAAAUUUUUCACAGAGACAAAAUAAUCGUAACACUGGAAUUUAUUUUCGCAAUUCCGAUAAGGAUCUAAGCAGUUAUGACAAAUAUAUUAAUGAUAAACUCAAUCAAAAUAGGGAAGAAGCUUUAGCGAACAAUAACAGGAUAACCAACGAUAAUAUUAAUCAGAUAAGUGUUGUCCAAUCGAUACAACCUAAUUCUGAUGAAUCUCCAAUCACCACAAAACCCGUUAGAUUUGUUGGCGUAGGAAAAACAGACGUAGAGUAUCUUAAUAAUGUUACAUACGCAAUAACGAAUUUCGGCGUUAAUCUUAUGAAGAGCGUAAAUGAUUUGCAAACUGGUAAUAUUAUAGUUUCGCCGACGUCAAUAGCUACCGUACUGGCUCUUUUACAACAAGGAGUAGUUGGUGAGGCUCAAGAUGAAAUCACGAGAUCAUUGCAAAUGACUCCUGAAGUCGUAGCGCCGACUUACCAAAGACUUACCUAUGAUAUGAAAAAACGUAACUCACGGAAUAUUUUAACUGUGUCUAAUAAUGUAUACAUUGGAGAUGGUUUUGAAAUAAAUCCCGAGUUCAAAGAGACUGCCAUAAUCAAUUUUGGGAGUGAAGUAACUGUCACAGAUUUUUCGAAGCCUAUAGAUGCAGUGAAACAAAUUAAUAAAUGGAUCUCCAUUCAAACACAUAAUAAAAUUAAUCAACUCUUGCCGUAUCAUGCUGUAAAUCCUAGCACCCAAUUGGUGAUUGUAAAUGCUGUAUACUUCAAAGGUCUGUGGGAAACUAAAUUCAAAAAAGAAGCUACGAAGACAUUAAUAUUCCAUCUAAAGAAUGGAGAAGCUAGAUCGGCUCAAUUCAUGCGUAUUCGUCACUCAUUUAAAUAUGGAAUCGAUGAGGAAACUAAAUCUUACGUCGCUAUACUGCCUUUUGAGCGUCAUCAAUACUCACUGAUAUUGAUUUUACCGCAUCAAUUAUCGAAUGCAGACAAGACAUUAAACUCAUUAACGAAUAUCAAAUUAAUGGGCUAUCACAAGUUCGAAGAAACUGAAAUACAAUUGGAAUUACCAAAAUUCACAAUCAGAUCAGAUACUGAGAUGAUAUCAGUACUGAAAAGGAUGAAUGUUUCAAGAAUAUUUGACCGCAGAACAGAUCUUACAAGAAUUGGCACUUAUCGAACCUAUGCACCUGAAAUAUCUCAAGCGGUUCAUACAGGAUUCCUGUCAGUGGAUGAGCAAGGGUUAUCUGCUGCAGGUGCCGCUGGUUUUGCAGCAGUCGCUCUAUCUUACGAAGAUCCUCCAGCAAUCUUCCAGGCAAAUAGACCCUUCCUUGCUGUAUUGUGGGAUACGCAAUUUGCUAUACCACUAUUUAUAGCGAAGAUUGAAGAUCCAACACAGUGAUUAUUUGUGGAUAUAAAUCCUUUUGUUAAGAUUGAUAUUGUAAAAAAUUUAACAAUACACCUACAAUUGCUAAAAAUUGCAGCAGUUCUGUAUGUUAUAGGAGAAAAUGUAUUAAUUAAGACACGUUUUUAGAUUCGAUAAUAUAAAUCGACGUUCAUAUGUGACCUAAUUUUAAGAGCGAAACGCUCCACAAUAAACUUAAAAAAAUAAAUAAACAGGAUUGCUCUUA